GUAGUCUGAUCCUUACAGUGCUCUGUUUAAGUGCAGUGAUCCUAUUCAAAAUGAAGGCCUACAUCGCAGUUUUCUUCCUGGCAGCCUCAGUUCUGGCGGAUCCUGAACCGAGCAAAGUUGUCCAGAAGCGAAGUGGCCUGGUCGGUCAUUUUGGAGCUCCCCUAAUUGGUCAUGGAGUGGCUUUAGGCCAUGGAUACGCGGGACAUUUUGGAGGCCCGAUCGCCGCUGGCUAUGCCGCAGGGCCAUUUGUGGGAGGACCGGUUGGAGCAGCCAUAGUUGGGGCUGAUGUUCACACGACUGUCACCAAGCAUGUCGGUGUACCUGUGCCAGCACCUUACCCUGUUCCUGUGGAUAGACCUUACCCUGUUGCCGUUAAGGUGGCAGUUCCCGUGCCCGUAGACCGUCCCUACGCCGUGCCUGUCCCCAAACCCUACCCAGUCACCGUUGAGAAGCACGUCGCUGUCCCUGUCGACCGUCCCGUACCCGUUCCCGUGCCCCAUGCUGUGCCUUACCCCGUCAUUAAGCAAGUCGGAGUUCCUGUUCCCCAGCCCUACCCAGUGGCCGUACCAAAGCCAGUAGCCGUUCCAGUACCAGCCCCGGUCGCCGUCCCAGUAGUCAAGUCCUACGCUAGCGCCCCCAUCAUUCACGAUUUCCACGGCCACGGAUACGGCCACGGCCACGCAUUCCACUCAAAACUCGGAUGGUAAAGUGUACAAUGAGACCACUUGCUUAUUGACAAAUUAAAGUUCAUACCAACUUUUUGGAGUAUGUAGAAAACUUUUUGUAAAAAUAUGAAGGGAGUUUACGCCAUAUUCUCAAAUGAUUGUGAGUCGUAUAGCCCUAAGAUAAGGUGCUUUAUUAAGUAGUAAGGGGUAUAGUAUUUAAUUUGUCAUCAAACGAGAGGUUUUAAUAUGUUUUUGUUAAGGCAUUUUCAUAUGGGAUUAUUGUGCGUAGUCAGAACGUUAUUUUGUGAUGUAGAUAAGUGUAGUUUUAUGUGUGAGUGUAUGAUGCAAAGAGCUUAUAUCUAUUGUGUGGAACCUUUGAAAAUUCAGAUCUUAAUGUGGGGUCAUAAUACACACAAGGAUGUAAGUUCAGGUUUUGUAAGAAGUUAGGGAUAAAGUGCAAUCACAACGAAGCCUGUCGCCAUUUUAAAAUGUAUUCACAGUAGGUUAUCCGUGAUACCGCCAUAUUGAAAAACGAAAACCUCUUUAGUUUGUUUUUUUUGACAACUUUUUGGCGCCAAACUAAAAUAGUAUAACCUACUUUGAGCACACUUAGG